ACACAGUCACACUACCACGCACGCACUCCAGUCACGCUCCCGGCUCCACCAACAGAAGCGCGGAUCCCCUGAUAAAUAAUCGCACUUCUCUUCCUUCCUCCUCCCGAAAAUCCAUCGUCCUCCACCGAUCGAUCACCGGGGUUCGGUUCCCCCCCGCGCGACGAUGCACAUGGCGAUGACGAUAGCGGCUCAGGUCCCCUGCCUCUGCGCGCGCCCCGCGUCCCUCGCCGGGCCGCGCCUGCGCGGCGCGGCGCGGCGGCGACCCAAUGCGAGGACGGCGCGUGGCGGGGCUCGGAAGGGGGUCGGGGCAGUCCGUGCCGCGGCGUUGGAGGCGCAGCCGUUGGUGGAGGAAGGCGAGGAUGAGGAUGAGGAGGCGUUGGUGGAGGUGGAGAGGCACGCGCUGGGCGGCGCGUGCAGGGUGCUCGCCGGAAUGCCCGGGCCGCUCGGUGCCACCGCGCUCGCCGGCGGGGUCAACUUCGCCGUCUACUCGGGCGGCGCCACGGCCGCCGCGCUCUGCCUCUUCACGCCCGACGACCUCAAGGCGGAUAGGGUGACCGAGGAGGUGCCACUCGACCCCGAGGCCAACCGGACGGGGAACGUCUGGCACGUCUUCCUCGAAGGCGGCCACCUCCACGACAUGCUCUACGGGUACAGGUUCGACGGCGCCUUCGCCCCUCACUGCGGCCAGCGCUUCGACGCCUCCGCUGUCGUGGUGGAUCCUUAUGCCAAGGCAGUGGUGAGCCGAGGAGAAUACGGUGUUCCGGCGCCUGGCGGUGAAUGCUGGCCUCAGAUGGCUGGCAUGAUCCCUCUCCCAUAUAGUACGUUUGAUUGGCAAGGCGACCUACCUCUCAGAUAUCCUCAGAAGGACCUUGUAAUCUAUGAGAUGCAUUUACGUGGAUUCACAAAGCAUGAUUCAAGCAAUGUAAAACAUCCCGGAACUUUCAUUGGGGCUGUGUCGAAGCUCGAUUAUUUGAAGGAGCUUGGAGUUAAUUGUGUAGAGCUAAUGCCCUGCCAUGAGUUCAACGAGCUGGAGUACUUCACCUCCUCUUCGAAGAUGAAUUUCUGGGGAUAUUCUACCAUAAACUUCUUUUCACCAAUGACGAGAUAUGCAUCAGGUGGGAUAAACAACUGUGGGCGUGAUGCCAUAAAUGAAUUCAAAACUUUUGUAAGAGAGGCUCACAAACGGGGCAUUGAGGUGAUCCUGGAUGUCGUCUUCAACCAUACAGCUGAGGGUAACGAGAAUGGUCCAAUAUUAUCAUUUAGGGGGAUUGAUAAUAGUACAUACUAUAUGCUUGCACCUAAGGGAGAGUUUUAUAACUAUUCUGGCUGUGGGAAUACCUUCAACUGUAAUCAUCCUGUGGUCCGUGAAUUUAUUGUAGAUUGUUUGAGGUACUGGGUGACGGAAAUGCAUGUUGAUGGUUUUCGUUUUGAUCUUGCAUCUAUAAUGACCAGAGGUUCCAGUCUCUGGGAUCCUGUUAAUGUGUAUGGAGACCAAAUAGAAGGUGACAUGAUUACAACAGGGACACCUCUUGUGACUCCACCACUUAUUGACAUGAUCAGCAAUGACCCAAUUCUUGGAGGUGUCAAGCUCAUUGCUGAAGCAUGGGAUGCAGGAGGUCUCUAUCAAGUAGGACAAUUUCCUCACUGGAAUGUUUGGUCAGAAUGGAAUGGGAAGUACCGGGACAUUGUGCGUCAAUUCAUCAAAGGAACGGAUGGAUUUGCUGGUGGUUUUGCUGAAUGCCUUUGUGGAAGUCCACACCUAUACCAGGCAGGAGGAAGGAAACCUUGGCACAGUAUCAACUUUGUAUGUGCACAUGAUGGAUUUACAUUGGCUGAUUUGGUGACGUAUAAUAACAAGUAUAAUAUACCAAAUGGUGAGAACAACAGAGAUGGAGAAAAUCACAAUCUUAGCUGGAAUUGUGGGGAGGAAGGAGAAUUCGCAAGAUUGUCAGUCAGAAGAUUGAGGAAGAGGCAAAUGCGUAAUUUCUUUGUUUGUCUCAUGGUUUCUCAAGGAGUUCCGAUGUUCUGCAUGGGCGAUGAAUACGGACAUACAAAAGGAGGCAACAACAACACAUACUGCCAUGACCAUUAUGUCAAUUAUUUCCGCUGGGAUAAAAAAGAGCAAUCCUCUGACUUGCACCGAUUCUGCUGCCUCAUGACCAAAUUCCGAAAAGAGUGUGAAUGUCUUGCCCUCGAGGACUUCCCAACGGCCCAACGGUUGCAAUGGCAUGGUCAUGAGCCUGGGAAGCCUGACUGGUCUGAGACAAGCCGUUUCGUCGCCUUUUCCAUGAAGGACGAAACAAAAGGCGAGAUCUAUGUGGCUUUCAACGCCAGCCACUUGCCGACCGUUGUCGCACUCCCGGAGCGCACAGGGUGCCGGUGGGAACCGGUGGUCGACACAGGCAAGCCAGCACCGUACGACUUCCUCACCGACGACCUACCUCACCGCGCUUUCAGCAUCCACCAGUUCUCCCACUUCCUCAGCUCUAGUCUCUACCCCAUGCUCAGCUACUCUUCCAUCAUCCUUGUAUCGCGCCCCGAUGUCUAAGAGAAAAUGUACAGUAGAGAAUAUAUAUGUAAAUAGCCCUUUUGCAUAUCAUCAAAGAUGUGCAAGUGCUCUAAUUGCCAGUGAUCACCAGGGCCUAGUCUGUGUAUCAAUUGUGAUAACAGAAAUAAAGGGAGAACAAUGGCACAAGCUGUGCCUUUGGCAUAUAA